AUGGCAUCAGAGCGCAGGACACUGUUACUCGCGUUAGUGCUAGUGUGUGUUAUCAAAACAAACUUGAGUGACAGUGACUUCAGUGCACCCGGUAACGAGACGGACGAUAAUAAUUACGACGCGAUAGACGCACAAGUGACGAAACCCAAAGACAUCGAGCCAGAGAGGAGUUUGAGACACGACGAACAGGAGAAUGAAAGUGAAAACGAGCGAAUUUCAACCGUAGAAGACUUUACUACCACAGCAGCGCCUGAAGUUGAAGGCAAUGUUAAUGAUGAUACUCCAAAAACAGAUGAAGAUAUAGAAGGGGACAGUAGGAAUGCUGUAACUGUUGAUGUGACGGAACCUGUACUUGCCACACUGUCCAACGUAGACAAUAAUGUUUACAAACAGGUGAACGGUGUCAGUGAGGAUAUUUAUCUUAAUAGAAGCAACAAUGGUAAGGGGCAAGGGGACAGUACAGCACCCCCACCGACCAGCCCCAUGGACGCAUCCGAAGACUUCGUGCCGAGAAUAGCAGAGCUCAGCGAUGACUUCGACAUCCAGGGUCAAAGGAACCCGAAGACUGAUAACUCUGAAUCCAUCCCCAACGAGCAGAGGAACUUCGACCUGAAGCCGCGACCUUCGCAGGCUGUCAGCAAGAGCAGCACCCUCAAGAGUUGGCUGGAAGACUCAUGGAUCAGGCCCCCGGUGGGUCUACUAGUCCCGCUGAGGCCGAUGGCUUUGAACAGGGCUUUGGCUGUGUGGAACGACUUAACAGUUGGAGGACUCAAUGUUUCAGACAUCGUGAUCGUCGGAUAUGACUCGAACGGUGUGAACUGGCGGUCCCGACACAAUCUCCAGCCUUCCAACGCGGGGAAUGGAGAUCGGGCUGUAUCAGAGGCGCUGUCGAAGCUACUUCUCAAAUACCAGGGUGUGAACGCUGACGCCGGCGACAGCACUAUGAGAGCUCUCGCGUCAGCAGCUAAACUGGUGCCAUAUGACAGUGCACUAUUCGUGCUGACAGACAGAGGGGCUGCUGACCCUCAAAGACUACCCUUGGCUCUGAGAGCUUUGGUGGAAAAGAGAUUGAAGGUAUACACGAUUUGGACGGACCCCAACCAUCCAUCGGCAGACUCGGAAGAUGCUCUCCACGAGCUGAGAAACGUAUCCACUCACACCGAAGGGGAGGUGCUACCGUAUUCUCUACAAGUAAUGGAUAUGGACGCCAGCAACCUGGCUUCGGAACCCGAUCUCCAGGAUUGGGAAGAAGUGCAUAACAUGCAGGCGAGACGAGGGAGGCUAAACCCUGAAGUGGACCACGAGAGAUUCGAGACGCUACUCGUACGCCGUGGAGGCGGCGAGGCUAUAUCUCUGGGUGUGCCCAUAGAGAACGGAGUGACAGCGCUCAAGAUAUACAUAGAGGGAGCUGUUGAGCAUGCUGUGCUUUACCCACCCAACGAUGCGCCACAAAUCGACCUCUACAACAAAACAUCGGUGGCCGCCUUCUCUCCAGCAUCCAAAACCAUCGGACUGAAUCCAAGAGACGUUCUUCUGGUCUUCCCUGGAGCCAAGACUGGUGACGACCUAGCCGUAAUGCCUGCAUCUCCACCAGUCUCCGAUGCAGGAUUGGUCGGAGUUUGGCAUCUCAGCAUACGUUGCGACACUUGCGACUAUCGCCUCGGUAUCGCGGCUAGGGGUCAACUGCAUUUCGACGUGGAAGAAGAGAAACCGGACAAACUCAAGUUCCGGAUAUCCGGCCCCGUUUCCAGCGUGAGGGAGUCUAUACUGAUAGAUGAAUACGGCACGGAACUCGCCAAACUAGCUUUCAACUACCCGCCCAUGUCACAAAGCAGUGGCAACGCCCUAACAGCUGACGUACAACUACCCAACGACGUACGCGGCCCGCGGGUGUACGCCAAAAUAGAAGGAAGAGACGACAGAGGAGAACCAUUCGUCCGCCUCUUUGGCCCUCUAUCCUACCAAUCCGAAGUUCGCACGAGUAGAUCGGCCGCCUUAAGAUUCCCUGAUUCCACCAACGACUUGGAAUUAGCAGAAGAAAUGAACUUAAGAGCUCACAGUCAACGACAACUUCAGUACAAUGACAGCAACGUGAUCCCGUACGACAGAGCCGUAUCGCAGGUAGUAAACCAGUUAGGGGCCAUCCUAACUGCUGUCCAGAUAGGAUUAAGCACCAGAUUAUACGGAGCACCCAGGGACAGCUUACAGUUACAUUUCGAGGUGACAAACUUCAGAGAGCAAUCGGUAAAUUUCCGAUUCGGAGCAGUUGGCGAGCAGCGAUUCCUGACAGGCAUCAGUCCAACGCAACGAACAAUAGCUUCAGGCAGGACAGAAAACGUAAUUGUAAGUGUCACAAUACCGAAUUCUGCGCAACCAGGAGCCAGAGAUUUCAUCACAUUCACUGCAUAUGGUUUGGAACAAGUCUCCAUAUCAGCGUACGUUUACGUGAUAAACGCGGGGCAGACGCCGGUGGACACUUGGUCGCCGGAACUACGUCACGAGUUCCAAGGCUCCUGUAUUGGGAGGACGGGAGACGAUUGUAGCCAACAUGUGUGGAGUGCUACGAUUUCUGCUAGAGAUACCGGAUCAGGCUUACUCCGUCUAACAUCAUCACCUAUAGGGUUAAUAUAUGACAGUAGUUUCGUAUCGGGCACUCGGGAACAAGUGACAGGAAUAUAUCGAGCCACUUGCUGCGCGCCGCGGGUCGUCGUUAAUGCUGUCGAUGCGCUGGGGAAUACCAAUAGCUACGUUGUGGAUAUAUCUGGUUAUAUAUCUGGAGCUGGAAUAGCCGCUAUCGUCCUUGGGGUAAUAUUGGCCAUAGGGCUUAUAGCUCUCCUGGUAUUUGCGAUAGCCUUUUGCGUAAGAAGACGAAGGGAAUCCAGAGAGCUACCUUCGUAUGCCACAUCUUCUAGAAACUAA